AUGACUGGAGGAAGGAACGAUACUAUGGUCACUAAAUUCAUCCUUUUAGGAUUCGCAGACUUCCCCAAGCUCAAGGUUGUUCUCUUUACCAUAUUCUUGGAAACUUAUCUCUUGAAUGCAACCUGGAACCUGAGCCUCAUCAUCUUGAUUAAGAUGGACGCAUACCUACAUACACCUAUGUAUUUCUUCCUCAGCAACUUGUCCUUCUUGGAUGUCUGCUAUGUGACCUCUACAGCCCCCAAAAUGCUCUCAGACUUCUUCAGCAAGCAAAACUCCAUCUCCUAGGGAUACACCAUGCAAUACUUCUUCUUCUCUAGCCUGGGUUUGUCUGAGUGUUGUCUCCUGGCCGUCAUGGCUUAUAAUCGCUAUGCCACCAUUGACAAUCCCUUGCUCUACACAGCCAUCAUGUCCCCCACCCUCUGUGUGCAGAUUGUUGUUGGAGCCUAUAUCACUGGUAUCUUUGGGGCUUUGAUCCAACUGUGUUUUUUACUCCAGAUUGAUUUUUGUGGACCUAGUGUGAUCAACCAUUUAUUCUGUGACCUUCCUCAACUAUUAGUCCUAUCCUGUUCUGAAACUUUUUUCCUACAAGUCAUGAAGUUUGUGAUAGCAGUGAUCUUUGGUGUGAUGUCCGUGUUGAUUAUCAUGAUAUCUUACGGUUAUAUCGUGUCUACCAUCCUGAAGAUCAGAUCAGCAGAAGGCAGGUCCAAGGCUUUCAAUACCUGUGCUUCUCACCUGACAGCAGUCACCUUGUUCUUUGGAUCAGGACUCUUUGUCUAUAUGCAGCCUAGCACAAAUAAAUCUCUGUUCUAUGACAAGAUGGCAUCUGUAUUCUAUACAAUGGUGUUCCCCAUGUUAAAUCCUUUGAUUUACAGUCUUUACAAGGAAAUCAAAGAUGCCCUAAAAAGGUGUAAGAAGAAGAGAGAAUUUGCCUGCUGUCACCACUAA